AUGGUGUUCACUAAGGAUAUAAUAGUACCAACUUCCUUUAAUCAAACUCCAAACGUUUCGGGACAUAAUAGGAGGUUACGAAGGAUUUUCAAAGGAGCGGUUGGUGCACUUGAUGGAACUUUGGUACAUGCUAUUGUCCCUCUUGACAAACAACAUUUGUAUAGAGGAAGGGGACUCGGCGAUUGUUAUCAAAAUGUAUUGGCAAUAAGCGACUUCAACCUGAUUUUUACGUUUGUCGUGGCCGGUUGGCAAGGGAUAGCACAUGAUUCAAGAACAUUAUCUGAAGCUUUAACAGAUCGAGAUGCACCAUUCCCAUUUCCACCGCCAGAUAAGUAUUAUCUUUGUGAUGUUGCGUCUACACACACCCGAGGAUUUAUGGCUCGUUAUCGUAAUGUGUGGUAUUGGCUUGGAGAUUUUCAUCGAAGACGUGCAUUAACCAACAAAGAAAAAUUUAAUCACUCACAUGCAAAACUUCGAAAUUUCAUUGAGCGUGCUUUUGGUGUCUUGAAAGCACGUUUCCCUAUAUUGAAGAGAAUGACUCCAUUUCAAUUGGUUACACAAAGAAACAUCGGCAUUGCAUGUUUUGCGCUUCAUAAUUAUAUAAGAAAAGAGGAAUUAAGUGAUGAGUGUUUUUCUCAAUUUAAUCAAGUCGAUAUAUCACUUCAAAGCAACAAUGUACAAGAUGAUGAUGAUGAUGAUGAUGAGGAGGAGGACGUGGAUGAGGUACAACCACAUGGAAAUGCAAGAGAUUGGGAAUAUAUGGUUCAUCUACGAGAUCAAAUUGCUGACCAGUUAAUGCGAAAUGUAAAAUGA